AUGUCUACAAGACUUUGGAAAGAUGAGGACGAUAAGAAAGCUUUGGCCCAUUGGGCCGCACCCGACUCUGCCGUACCCAGUAGUAUCCCAGUUUAUCUUUGCAUAACUCGGAAUACGGACAUGGGCAUAUUGCACUGGGUUAUAGCUUGGGAAGCUUUCCCCGCAAACACACUUAUCAGCCCGACUACGGAUGCUAUAGGUUGGAAAAUUCUGGAGGUGCGCAACCCUCACGAGGGUAACGACAAGGAGUUCGCCCUUCGCUUUUCGUUCAGACGAAAGGGUAGUGCGACCGUAUCGAAAUGGGAUCGAGUGAACUUGGGUCACCUGGAUGGUGAAACCCGCGAGGCCUUGCCAUUACUUGGUCAAGCCUGGAUUGACAGAGAUAUGAAAAUCGGUGGCAACUGUGUCACUUGCGUGCGGGAAAUGAUCCAGUCCAUGACGCGAGUUUCGGAUGAACAUCAACAGCACGGCAAAAGCGCAUUCCCUGCCACAGUCAUAGAAAUCCUGGAAGAGGAGAAGAGAAAGGACUGCGAGGCAGACCCAAAGUUCGAAGAGAUUCACAUGAUCGCUACGACCGGCCAUUCUCGACUGGGCUAA